AUUUUAUUUAAAAAAAUAUGAUGGAAGAUAUUAAAUACACAAAGAUAGACGCAUCAACUCCUUCUAAGCUAGAUUAUGUUGACUUGAUACAUGACUUCAUGGCCAAUCCUAAAUUCCAAGAGACUAGCACUGUCCACUUGGAAGGCCUCAAGGAUGUGAUUACUCUUACUCUUGAACAAAAGAACUAUGGGUUCUUCUUCGUCGCUCAAGACUCACACGAUCAAAUUCAAGGUGUCCUUAUGGCAUCUUAUGAGUUCACAGAUUGGAGAAAUGGAGUAUUCUUCUGGGUCCAGUUCUUAGAAGCUGAGAGUGAAGAUAUCUUCCAAGCUCUUCUAGCUACAUUCAAAGACGAAGCUGAUAAAGUUGAAGACUGUAAAGGUAUUAGAUCAAUUUAUCAAAACAAGUGAUCAGAUCAUUGGGAAAAGAUUGACAAAGCACUUGAGCUGGAUAAGUCUCCUUAUUGCUUAUACCAUAUCGACGUUGAAUAACCAACAAGUCAAGG